GUGAUGACGGUGACGUACUCAAGCCGGGUGGCAGAUGCACGCCUGGGAACCUUCUAUUGCCUUCUAUUGCGGUGGAAGGGAAGUAUCUAUAAACUGUUAUAUAGAGAGCUGCUCAUCUUCACUACCCUGUACUGCGCUAUCAGUGUUACAUACAGGUGUCUACUGGAUGAAGGACAGCGUAGGAUGUUUGAAAAGCUGUCCAUGUACUGUGAUCAGUAUGCUCAACUCAUCCCAGUUUCAUUCGUACUGGGUUUCUACGUGACUCUUGUGGUCUCUCGUUGGUGGGGUCAGUUCGAGAGCGUUCCGUGGCCGGAUCGCCUGGCAGCGUUGGUAAGCGGACACGUGCGGGGUGCUGAUGAAGGGACCAGACUAAUUCGCAGGAGUCUGGUGCGUUACGCCAACCUAUCUGGCAUCCUCAUCUACCGAUCGGUCAGCACUGCUGUCUACAAGAGAUUCCCAACCAUGGGCCACCUCGUUCAGGCAGGUCUGAUGACUGCUGAGGAACUGAGGCAGUUAGAGGAACUGCCCUCACCGCAUAAUAAAUUCUGGGUGCCCUGCAUGUGGUUUGUUAGUCUCGCCAUGAGGGCUCGAUCAGAGGGCACCAUCAAUAAUGAUGUCGCUAUGACGGCCAUACUUAAUGAGUUGAAUACACUGCGCUCUCAGUGUAUGAGGCUGUAUGGUUAUGACUGGAUCAGUCUGCCUCUUGUUUACACACAGGUGGUAACUGUGGCUGUGUACAGUUUCUUUUUGGCUUGUCUGAUUGGUCGGCAGUUUCUUGACCCCACACAAGGUUACCCAGGUCACAACCUCGACUUCUACUUGCCAGUCUUCACCUUAUUGCAGUUCUUCUUCUAUGUUGGCUGGCUCAAGGUGGCUGAACAGCUCAUUAACCCGUUCGGUGAGGACGAUGACGACUUUGAGACGAACUGGUUGGUGGACCGUAAUUUACAGGUGUCUCUGCUGUCAGUGGAUGAGAUGUAUGAUCUGGUUCCUCUAGUUGAGAGAGAUAAAUACUGGAAUGAAUCCGAACCGCAGCCGCCGUACACAGCUGCUAGUGCAGAACACCGCAAACCAUCAUACAUGGGGUCUGCUUUGGACAUCAGUGUUCCCAGAGAGGAAAUGGAAUUCCAACACAAUCUGGAGCAGAUUAAGGAACAUGAAGAGGCCAACCAUUCCACUCCUUUCCUGGGCAGCUUGAGUCGCCUUCUGGGCGUCCAGUCCCCAAGUUUCCACCGCUCAACUCCCUCGUCACGAGUCUCCCUCCUGCGGCGUCGCCCUCGAGCUCCCUUCUCUCGUUUCCCCCUUUACCUCCAUCCCGAAAGCUCUCCAAUGCCCAACCACAUCCGAAACGCUCCAGAACGUGACAUGGCAGAAGACGCCUUCUCCUCCAUGCCUCUAUACGAAAGACCUGGAUUCUACAGCUGUCCUCAAACGCCCAUCCACUGCGUACCGCCACCCAUUCCCCGCCCAAGACCUCGACGACCGCAGGGCGACAGUGCGAACAGCUCCGGCUCCCUGGCACAAACUCUGGUGGGGUCACAAGUCCUGGCUCCACCUGAUAUGCCCGUGAAUCUGCCGCCACUUCCUUCAUCUGCUUUUCCUUGGGUGGGCGAAGACGGGGAAGAUUCAACGAUUCCCGCUUUCUCCUUUCCUGACCCUGUGCCUGAGUUGAACCCAUUACCCAAAGUACGCCCAAGUCAAGGGCUGUUGUCACGCUGUCUCCUACCUCUGCGGCUCUCUCUGGACACGUCGCCAUCUGGGGAGGGGCAGUCGGCGCCCCCUAGCGCCCAGAUUGUUGGGGCACCAGGGGAGAGGGUGUUUUCGUUUACUCCUCCGUCUUGGCCACAAGCCCAGAUGAACACCACCAGUUCAGGGAGCAUAAACGCAGCCACAACGACAAAUAGUAACAACAACAUCAACAGUACGGGAAACCUGUGCAACGGCACUGCAAACAACUCCUGGCCAAUCAACAGAAGCAACACAGCAAACACAGACAAUCCCCUUAAUACAAGUCCCCCGGUGACUCAGCAGGCAACCAAUCAGCACCAAUCUCCCAAUGACUCUGGGAUCUCCCUGGCUGACGGGGAACUGUUGGGUAGGGGGCAGAAAACUAGUGAGGUUGACUCUCUGUGAUCCAAGGAGGACUUUUAUGUCCCAGACUUCUUUCUGUUUGGUCAGCCAAUCAAACAGCACUACUUUGUGAGCUGUUUCUGAGAUUGCAUUUGUUAUUAAUGCAACAGAGAGACAAACUAACAGAAAUCUGCAUCUGUUGAACUGUGAGGAAGUAGUACAGAUUAACACAAAAAGAAUAAACCCUUAUUUUAAUAAAAGAAAAAUUAAAAAGGUAUACUGUAUUUAUCCCAAAAAUUAAAAUUGGAAUUUUACUUUAUUUCUUCCACAGAAUUUAAGAGAGCACUUGUUUACAUACAAUGGAAAUAAAUGACAGCCCCCCCUUGUGCAAUAUAUCCUAAGUCUCAUAAAACCAUACGAUUGCUUUAAGUGAGGAACAGUUCGAAAUUUAAGUCGUUAUUUUUCGCAAAUCUUUCCCUUUGCCGUAGCUCUCAAAUCUCAUUCAUGUUUUCGUUCAAUUAAAAUAUUGCGCACCAGAUUUAAAAUCAUGAUAUUAAACGUUAUUGGUUCUUGCGUGCUACAUCAAACUUUGGAGAUCCGAUGAAACCCUACCUCAUAACCCUAACCUUGGAAGCAGCAAAUGCAGUUGCUAUUAAUUCAGCUAGAUUUUCAGUGAAUAAUAACCUUAAUGUCAGUCUGUUCGUCACACAAAGCUAUCGUAUAUCUUCAGAAGACUUAGACAUCUUAUAGACUAGUCGAAUGGACUACAUUUAUGAUACUUUUAUGGUCUAUUUGUUCUUUUUGAAGCUUAGCCCCAGAAAACAUAAUGAAAAAGAGCACUAUGUCUUUUAUGUUCAAUGGAAGAAAGCUAGUUGGGUUUGGAACGACAUGAUGGUGAGUAAAUGAUGACGGAAUAAAAAAAAUUGGCUAAUUUACAUCAGCAGUCUUCACACUGACAAUAACAGUCUCUGAUAUAUAUAUAUAUAUAUAUAUAUAUAUAUAUAUACAUACACACACACACACACACACACACACACACACAUAUAUAUAUUUUUGGGUUCAUGUUGUUGUUGUGAAUUUACAGAAAGCAUGCAAAAGUUACAUGCAAACAUUCUUAGAUUAUUAUCAGAAUGA